AUGACUUCAACUCAACCCAUAAGAUCUUACUCCAGAGAUCCUCCCUCUCAUGAUACUAAUCGAUUCUUCAAUUAUUCUAGGCUUCAUCCAAGGCCUUCUUCAGCUUCAAAGCACCUUGAAGACACGAAAUCAAGCCAAGUCCAAUCUCGACUACAAAAAGUUGUUCACAAAAUCAUGUGUAAUUCCUAUUUAGCUCUCACUUCAUACAGCGAAGAAAUGAAUCCUUCUCUAACCCAUUCAAGAGCUUGAAAAGAAAUUGUUCAGGAUCUAAACGAAGAAAAGCACAAACUAGACCAAGAAAUUUUAUCAAGCCCAACCGCCGAGAAUAAAUCAGCGUCUGCCAAAGAUUUUUCAAUUAUUUCAGAGAUGCUUGCGGACGCUCAAGCCAAAACUCUUAUCAUACUAAAAGACGCUAGAAGAACCGAUGAAAUUAACCUGAAGGCUAAACUAUGAGAAGUUUUUGCGAACUUAAAUAACCAAAUUUGAAGCCAAAUGUUCAAAAAUCGAGAAUUUUCGCCAAAAAAAUCAAAAGAUGAAGAUAUUUUGAUUGAAAAUAGAGAACUAAAGGAAAAUCUUAAAAAAGCUGACGAAUAUAUAGGAAGGCUAAAACAAAUGCUUAGGGAUGGAGAAAAUGAAUAUUCUCCUGGGAAUGAAACAAGUUUGUUAAGAAAAGAAUUGAAAAGAGCUAAUGAAGUUAUUGUUUCCUUACAAGACGAGCUAAGUGAAAAAAUUGCUUAUAUCCAGAAUAAAGAAUUUCAGAUCAAUACAAUAAAAACUGAAUGUCAGGCUUUAAAGCAAAGAAUCCAUGAUCUUGAAAAAAAAGUUUUAACUCGACCAGCCUCUUCUAAUGAAAGAUCUCCAGAAUCAUCUGAUCAUUCCUUGCUAGAAAAAUUAAAUUCUAUUAUAAAAGAGCGUGAUGCUUUACAGGAAUGGAAAACCAAGUUUGCACAAUAUCCAUCUACCUAUGAAAAAGCUAUUCAAAGAUUAAAAGAUGAGCAUGCAUCUGAAAAGAGAAAACUAGAAGAAAUUAUUGAAAAUUAUAAAGGAAAUGAUAGAUUUUCAAGAACCACUAAGACUGGCUGGACAAUUGAUAUUAAGGAUAGUGAUCUCAAGCUAAAGGAAGAAUCCAGAGCGCUUAAACGUGAAAAUUUCAGCUUAAAAGAAGACAUGUCAAAGCUUCUAAAAGAGUAUCAAGAAUUAGGCCAAAAGUUCAAUCAACAAUUAGAACAAAACGAAUCUAUGAAAGAGGAAUUUCAGCAAAAUUUUGAAAAUCUCAGUGAACAGUACAAUAAAAAAUGCGAAGACUUUGAAGAUCUAAAAAAUGAGUAUGAAGGGCUACGAGAAGUAUACCAAAAAGAGCACUCCAGUGGAAAGAAAAGCACAGCGAUUCGUAAAGAAAGCAGAGAAAAGGUCAGAGGAGGAAGGAAAAAUGCUGAUAAUGACUAUGAGAAUAUCGAAAAAUUGAAUGAAGAAAUACUUUCUUUAUCAAAAAUUUUGGAAGAUAAAAAUAAAGAAAUUGAAAGCUUGGAAGAAAAAAUAAAUGAAAUCAGUAGCGAAAAAGAAAAAUUUGAAAAGGAAAAUGGCGAUUUAAAUGAAGCUUUGAAAGAUAUUAGUGAUAAAGCUGAGCAAUUUGAAGAAAUCUUGAAGAAAGCGGAAGAGGAUAGCAAAGAAAAAGAAGUAAGUUAUGUUAAAAGAUUAAACUUUUAUAAAUGGAAAACCCACUCGCCUUUGCUUAGUCUUGGCUUCAAGAAAAGCAGUCUCAAUUUACCCCGAGGUUUGAAUGAGAGAAAAUAUAAGGCAGUUCUUUGGAUUUCCGACCUAAGCACCUUCCAAGAUAUUAGCAAUCCAGGUUUGGACAUUGCUCUGAUAGUUCCGAACAAGGGGAGACUAUGUGAUAGGCAAAACCUGUCUAGCCCAUCUGGAAAGGAUAGGAGAACCUUCGGAUGAGAAAUAUAAUUUCCCUCUUAGGCUAGGCUUCCCCAAGCCUAAAGGCCUACUCGAAAAGUGGCAUAGCACUAUUUCAGUUUCAUCAGGAUAUAUCCUACUUACUUCAUAUAAGAGCCACGAAUUUCAAUUUCCGUCAAGCGAUGAAAUUUUAUUUCUUUUGAAAGAAGUAAGAAAUCAGGAAUUGAGAUCGAUCAUCAAGGUAAUGGAAAAAGAAAAAAAUGAAAUGAUGCCUCAGCUUCGAUUAGGCUCUGAUAAGUUCAAAAAAGAGUUAUUAUUUAUUAAAAUAGGUUUCAUGCAAAUAUUGUUUCUUAAUAAAAGAUUGUUCCCUAUUUUCUAUAUAAAUUAUACUAUAAGUUUAUUAUUUUUAAUUACCCUUGAAUUUAUUUUAAUCUAGCUAUAUAUAGACCAAAAAAUCAAGGAACUUAAUGAAGCAAAUGCAAGAAUUGAAGAUUUAAGUCAAUUGUAUAAUGAAGAAUUAUCCAAAUCAGAAAACCUAAAGCAAGAAGUAGAAACUCAUAUUGAAGAGCAGCAAAUAUUAAAAAAUCAAAUAAAGCAAAAAGACAUUUUACUUGACAAAUUACGAAAAGGCUUAAAACAAGAAUCAGAAAGCAGACAAAAAAUAGAAAAAAACUCUCCACAAAAAUUAAUCGACCCAAAAGCUGAAAAAGUCCAUAAAGACCAGAUAAAAUCUUUGGAAAACCAAAUUAUUAGUCUUUCUGAGUCGCUUAAAGAUAAAGAAAAACUUGAAAAACAAAUAAAAAAGAUGCAUGAGAGCCAAAUUAAAGAGCUAAAUGAAAAGAUAGUAGGGUUGGAUAAAGAAAUUGAGGAAUUAAACGGUAAACUCCAAGAAAUUCAAUAUGAAAAUAAAAUCCUUACUGAUGAAGAAGAAAACAAAGGAUUCUUGAUUAAUGAACUGAAAGAAAAAAUAAAUAGAUUAAAAUCAGAAAAUGAAAAUUUAGCUGAUGAAAUUGGAAAGUAUUCUUCACUAAAAGAGGAAAAAAUCAAAAAUUCACAAAUUCAAUCAGAUGGCUUAAAAGCUCAAGCUAAACUAAUUGAAGGUCUUCAAAAAGAAAUAGAAAAAAUAAGCAAGGAAAACCUGGCUCUAAAAGAAGAAAAUAAAAAUGACAAUAUUAUAAUUGAAGAUUUAGAAAGGCAACUAGGAGAUAUAGAUAACUCAGUAACUGAGAAAGAUGACAAUAUUGCAUUUCUUAAACUAGAGCUAAAGAAAUUAGAAGAUGUUUUAAAUGAAAAAGAGCAAUCCAACUUAAACGAGAUAAACAGGUAUAAAGCGUUGGCAGAAUUUCCUAAUGGGCUUGAUUUGAUCAGGCAUAAGCAAGUAUCUGGUGAAUUCUCAUUUAUCCAUCAUCAAUAUGAAUAGACUUAUUCCCCUCCAAGAGAGAACAAAACUAUUGGAAAAAUCCCUAUUUUUACUCAAAAACCACCUUCAUGUACGAAAAAAAAUUCUUUAUAAAAAAUUUUUUGAUAUAUAAGUGACAAUUAUUAUAACGAAAUAUCUAGCUAAUUAUGUUUAAUUCUAAACAACUUGCAUUUAAAAACAUAAAUUUUACAAAUUAAAUAAAUAUAUGCUUUCAAUUUUUGCGAAUCGGGAUUUUUUUAAAUUUCGAAAAAUAAAAAUUAACCCCAGAACAAAAUUUUUUUGUUCACUCACAGAACAGGGGAGUUAGUUAAUAAAAUUUUAGACAAUUAAUAAUUAGAUGCUAAUAAAUUACAUAAAUUAAAUUAUUAUGACUCCUAAGAGUGUAAAAGAUAUGAAAAUGUUCUUUAUUACAAUUUAAGUAUAUUUUAUUUUUAAGAGAGAUUCGAGAGAUUUUUCGAAAUAAUGCAGUUCUUUAAUAUUAAAAUUUACUUAAUAUUAAUAGAUCAUUAUUUUUUGCAUUUUGGAAUUGAGAGCAUCUCUUGUUUUUAAGAUGUGCUCAAAUCCAAAAAAAAACCACCAUCAUUAAUUUGUAUUUCUUUUUAUAAAAUUAAAACCGAAUAACGCAAUAUUUUUAAUAUUUAAAUAGAUCUCAAUAUUCUGCAUUUUGGAUUUGAACAAAAAUCAAACAAGAUAUACUUAUAAUAAUUUUAAAAAUAAAAAUCAGCAAUUUUAUUAGAAAUCUCUAUUUAUAAUAUCACAAUCUAAAUUAAUAAUUAUAUAAAAAUUGUUUUAUUUUAAUAAAAUGCAGCUUCCAAGAAUAAUAUCUCAUUCAAAGAUGUCUAUUUUAGAUACUGGAUAGAAUAUAAAGUUUUGCAAUCAUUAUUUAUAGACAAAUUAUUUAAUUUAAAUUAUAGGAACAAUAGUUUUAAUGUUUGAACUAUUAAAAAAUUUAAUGGAAGCAGUUUAUUGGCGAAAUAAGAGGUUUGAAAUUUUUCCAACACAGUAUAUAAAGAUAUAAUCAAAGCAAAAGAUGGCGAAAUUGCAGAUCUCAAUAAGGAGAUUCAGAAUCAGCUGAAAAAUCUGCAAUUCAAUGAUCAACAACAAAAUGAAGAAAAAAGCCUGCUUGAUGAUUUAAAAAAUGGCAUUAACUCCCCCUUCCAUGAGUAAAAAAAUUAGUUUAAAAAUUUCGGAUAUAUAAGUGAUAAUUAGUAUUAUUAUAAUCUCGAGCUAAUUCUGUUGAAUUUUUAAACAGUCUGCACUCUAGACAUAAAUUUAAAAAAUUUAAAUCAAUUUUUGCUUUCUAAUUUUUGCGAAUUGGAUGCUUAAAAAUUUAUUAUAAAAUUAAAAAAAAAAUAUCCCUCCUUAAGCGAACAAAUUUUUUUGUUCGCUCGCAGAGGGGGGAGUAAGAGAAAAGAAGAAGAAAUUAAAUCCUUGAAAGAAAGAGUAGAGGAAUACAAAAAAUCAUUAAAUUCUAUGGAAGAAAAAGUUGUGGAAUUGGAUGAUAUAAAUGACAGACUUGCUGCAGAGCUUGAUAUAUUGAAGGAUGAAAAUUAUUCACUUAAAAAAAUUAUUGAAAAUGUAAAUGAAGAUCUAAUUAAUUCAAACAGUGAAAAGAUUGCUUUGAAAGAGGGUUAUGGAAAGCUUAUGAUAGAAAAUGCUGAAUUAUCAGAAAAAAUUAAUAUUCUUCAAAAAGAAAAUUUUAUAAAAGAUAGAGAGGGUAGUUGACUGGCAAGUUGAUUCCAUUCUUUAAAGAGGCCCGGCAUUAGUUUGCCUGGCCAGGAUUCAAUAGCAGGCUUUUUUGUUUCACCCUCACACGAUGUAAUGAGAGCACAAUGUUUGGCUCACACUUCUGAGAAACAGUUUAUUCUUUAUCAGGAGGGUAGUCUGAAAGAAGGCACCAAGUGAUUUUAUCAAUAUCCUGAGCACGAUUUAGAGUUAAUAAAUCAAUUCUGUAAGAACCAGACCAAGACACAAAAAUCGGAUGAGUCUUCUCGAGACUAGUGAUGUAGAUAGGGAAAGGGUAUUGUGCGAUGCCAGAUGACUAGGGGUACUUGAGCCUGAAGCCUGUGGUGGGACGGUGAAGGGUUUAAAUAAACCCCAAAGACCUGCUAGAAUUUAAUUUAAUUUUAAUUUAAUCAAGAAGAAAAGAGCCAAAUCGAAGACCAAUUUAAUGAUGAAGCGCAAGAUUAUGAAAUAAGGAUAGAAAAUUCAAAGAAAAAAGAGAUGCAACUUGAAGAAAUUAUCAAAAAUCUUCAGGAUAAUCUAAAGAAAAAAUCAAAGGAGCUUGAAGAUAAAAGUUUAGAGCUAAAUACUCUUCAAAAGGAUCAAGAACAAAAAAUUGAUCUUUAUGAAAGAAAAAUCAUUGAACUAAAUGAGCUUUGUAAGGCAGCUCAAGGCGAAAAGGAUGACUUGUUGCUCGAAAUAGAUCAGUUGAAUAACUUGAAUGAAUCUCAAAAGCAAUGGAUUGACUCGACAUUAAAAGGAUCAGAAAAUUACCAAUCAUUAUUAAAUGAAAAUAAAAUUAGAUUAGAAGAAACUGUCAAAGAACUUAAUGAAGCAAAACAAAGCUCACUAAAAAAGCAAAAAGAAGUGCAGCUAGAGAUUGACAAUUUGAAAUUUGAACUCAAAAUGAUGGAGAAGAAAUUUAUUGAAAAGCAAAAUGAGAAUGAAUUUAUUAGAAACCAGUAAAAUUUAUAUAGACUUAAUCAGAAUAGCAGUGAAAUCAAAAAGCUUACUGAAGAGAACGAUGCAAAACUUAAUCUUCUUAAAGAAACAUCAGAUAAAAAAGAAAAAGAGUAUGCAACAAAAGAAACAACUUUAAAUCAACUCUGUGAAGAUUUAUUGGAAGAAAAAGAAAAGUAAUCAUAACAUAGACUUGCAAAUAGUGUAAGGCAUUAUAAAAUGCUGAGCGAAGAAAAUGAAGACAAGAUUAAAGAAAUUCAAAACAGCUUAGAUGAAGCUAACUCAGCAAAAGAAAAAAAUAAUGAAAUUAUUGCCGAAAAAGAUAAAGAGAUUCUUUCUUUAACUCAAGCGAUACAAAUUGCCAAUCUAGGAAGGGAAAAAGAUUCAGCUGAAUUUGAGGUUCAAAAACGCCGAUUUGAAGAAAUUAUUAUCAAUAUUGAAACAGAAAAAGAAAAAAUAGAAGCAGACUUAAAGAAAGAAAAAGGAAAAAUCAAAAACUUGGAAAAUUUAAUUCAGGAAAAAGAAAACAAUUUAGCCCAUAAGGCAAAUGAAUUAGAGCAAGCUUUAAGUCAGAACGAAAGGCUUUGCAAUAAAUUAGAAAAAUUAAAAAAAGAUUACGAUGAUAUUGUGACAAGAGCAAAAGAAUCUCAAGAAAAAGACAGUGUAAUAGAUAAAUAUCUUGAGCAAAUAAUAGGUUUGGAGGGCGAAAUAGAAAAGAAAGACAAAGAAAUCGAAGAAAAUAUUGUGCAUAUAAAUGAAUUAAAACAAAAUAUUAUUGAGAAAGAUAAUGAAAUUAAGAAAGAAAUAGAAACAUUUAAUUGUGAAAUAGAUGAGUUGAAAGAAAAUAUUGAGAAAAAAGAUAAGGAAAUCAGCAAAUGCAGAGAGAGCAUAAAAGAGCUAAAAAAUAAUCUUCAGGAUGAACAUGAAAAAGCAGAAGCUUUAAAGAAUAAAGAAGAGAAAUAUUUAAAAAAUAUCAAGAGUUUAGAAGAUGACAGACAAAAUGAUUCUCUUAAUUUUAGUGAAAAAAUAAAAUCACUAGAGAGUUCUCAUCUUGAUGAGAUUAAUCAAUUAAAACAAGAGAAUCAAGAAACCCUGAAUAUUUAUACUGAAAAAGUUCAAUCUUUGGAAAAAUCAAUUAUAGAAAAAAAUGCACAAAUUGAAAUACUCGAUAAUGAAUUGAGCAGUUUAGGACAAAGCACUUUAGAAAAAGAAAAUGAGGUCAAUAAGCUAGUAAAAGAUUUAGAGCUUCAAAUAUCAGAAAAUGAAAGUGAAAGAGAUCGACUUACUAAGUAUAUUUUAGAAUUAGAAAAUGAAAACUCAGAAAAUAAAGGAAAAAUUGAUGUCUUAAAUGACAAAAUAAAUUCUUUGAAAGAAGAAAAUUUAUUAAAAGACGAUGAGAAGAAUAAAUUGGCAGAUUAUGUUAUAAUAUUGGAAUCGCAAAUUAAUGGCAAAAGUGAAAGUCAAAAUAAUUUACUUACAAGAAUUCAGGAUUUAGAACAAGAAUUGCAAAAGAAAAUAAAUGAAAAAAACGAAAAUCAAAAUGAUUUGCUUGUAAAAAUUCAGGAUUUAGAAAAAAAAUUGCAGGAAAAAAUAAAAGAAGAAGAUGAAAAUCAAAAUAAUUUACUAACAAGAAAUCAGGAUUUAGAACAAAAAUUGGAAGAGAAAAUGAAAGAAAAUAUUUAUUUGGCAGAAACAAUUAAAAAUUUAGAAAAGGAAGUAGAAAAUAUAGUGACAGAGAAAAACGAUUUGGCUCAAAAAAUUAAAGUUUAUGAAACAGAAAGCAAUAAAAAUAGCAAAGAUAAAAUCGAGCUAAGCCAAACGAUUGAAAAUUUAGUAAAAGAGGUUGGAGAAAGUAAAAAAGAGAUUUUGACUUUGAAGACAAGUUUAGAUGAAAAGGAAAACGAAAAUAAUAAUUUACUAGAUGAUAUAGAAGGUCUAAAAUCUCUUAUCAGCAAAAGAGAUGACCAGAUUCAGAAUCUUGAAGAAAAUAUCAUAACAAAUGAAAAAGAAAUUAAAGAUUUGAAAGCUCAAUUAGACAAAAAUAAGAUUGAAAGCAUAGAUCUUAUUGAAAAAAAUAAGAUAGAAAUUAAUACUAUUAUAGAAUCAAAGUCUCUAUUAGAAGAGAAGAAAAAUGAGCUGGAAGAGAAAAUUAAAGAAAAAAUAAAUGAAAAUGCAAAGCUUGAAAGUAGAAUUAAAGAGCUUGAAAUUCAGCUCAGUGAAAUUGAUGCAGACUCAACAAAGUAUUCAGAAAAGCUGGAAGAUUUAGAAGCAGCUGUAAAAGAAAAAGACUAUGAACUAGCUAUAAUGAAAGAAAAAAAUACUGGCUUAGAAUUAUCACUUUCCUUAAAGGAUCAAGAAAUUACAAAACUUUUUGAUAUUAUCAAUGAUAAGGAGAAUCAAAUUAUCGAAUUCUCGAAUGAUAUUGAUAAGUAUAAAGAAGCCUUCGAGUCUGCCGAUAAAGAAAAAUCAGAAAAAGAUACUCAAAUCACAUCACUUAUAGAAAAUGUUGAAUCUUUAAAUCAAGAGAUCCAUGAAAAAACCUUAGAAAAUGAAAGCUUAACCAACCAAAAUGAAUUUUUAAAUCAAGCCACUCUUAAUUACAUUGCAGAAAUAAAAUCACUUAAAGAGAAAAACUCAGAGCUCAGUAAUAGUCUUUCAGAAAAAUCAGAAGAAAAUUCGACCAUCUUGAUUUUAAACGACAAAAUUACCCUCCAGAUUUCUCAGUACCAAAAUGAUAUAAAAGAUUUAAUUGAUAGUCAUAAUCAAAAAGAGGCUGAAUUGGAGUCACAACUUAGGCUCUCACAUAGUACAAUCUCAUCUAAAGACCAUGAGAUCAAAAUGCUUGAAAACAAGCUAAAUGACUCAAAUCAUCUUGUAACUACACUGUCAAGCUCUAAUAAGUCAAUUGGAAUCCUUACUGAAGAAAAUAAUAAUUUAAGAAAUGACAAGGAGAAUCUUGAAAUUCAGUUAGAAAGCACAAAAGAAAUCAUUGAAAAUCACAAAAUUCUACUUUCUGAACUUAAUGAAACUAUAGAAAAGCUAAAUAUUGAGCUAGAAGAACAAAAAAGCAAUUCAGAUACCCUAAGAGCCAAAGCAGAAAGCGAAAAAAAUGAGUUAGUUGCUAGGAUGAAAAUGGACAAAGAUUUGAUUAAAUCUCAAAAAGAUGAAGAAAUUAAAAGUCUUAAAGAAGAGUCACAAAAAUUAAGUGAAGAAAUCAAUGAAUUGUAUGUUUCAUAUAGAAAAAAAUCAGUUGAAAGCUAUGAAGAAAUCCUUAAAAACAACAAAGAAGAAAUUGAAGAGUUAAAUAAAAAAGUGGAAGAGAAAGAAAGAGCCCAAAAAAUGUUACAAAAUGACGUUGAUGUUAAAGAAGAAGUGAUUCAAGAACUUUCUGAUGAAAUUGAUAGCUUGAAAAAUGAGAAAGAUAAAAAUUAUGAGAAAGAGGAAGAGCUUAACCAAAAAUUAGAAUCAAAAGAGCUUGAAAUCCAUGAACUAAAAUUAAAGAUUGAAGAAUGCUCUCAAAGAUACAGUAAAAGUGAAACAGAGAUGCUAGGACAAAUUUCAGAAUUUGAAACAAAAAUAAAAAUAAUUCAAGAACAAUCUAGUUUAUCUGGAAAUAAUUACUCAGAUCUUGAAGAAGAAUUUAAGAAGAUUUCCAAAGAAAACCAAGAAAAGAAUACAAUAAUCGCAGAGAUGGACAAUAAUUUGAAAUAUUCAACCAUAGAAAUCGAAAAGCUAAAUAAGCAAGUUGUCUCUCUGAAGCAUGAACUUGCAGCAAAAGAAGAAGAAAUCGAAAGAAUCGGCAAUGAUUUUAUGGAAAUGAACAAUAUAACGACUCAACUUAACUUAGAAAACGAUAGAUUUAACAUCGAAAACCAACAAUAUGAAAUUUAUGUGAAAAAUCUCAAAGCGACAAUAGAGUUACUUAAACAAGAAAAUGAAAAAAUUGGAUCAUUAGAGUCUGAAGAAAAAUCUUCUGGGUCUCACCAAACGACAAAACCCACAUCAACCAUCGGCAGCAGGGCUCGGAUAUAGGUAAACCGUCUUUACCUUCUACAUGGUCUGUCUGAGCUGUAUCACAGGCUCAGUAAUGCUUCCAUGGAGUGAUGAAGGGCAUUACACUGGUAUCCCCAUCUACAAUCUCGCAAAAAAGUCGAAGUUUAGCCAUUGGCCAAAAACACACACCAGAAAAAAUUACCACUAUGUUUUUCCUCUCGUCUCGGUUCGUAUCAACUCUAGAAACACCAGAGUCCGCAUCAGAUCACGCAAUUUUAAUAAUUCUAAAAUUAGCAGAAGAAAACUCUAAACUCGUCAAAAUUAAUGCUGAAUUAAAAGAAGAGCUAGAUAGCAAGAUUGCUGCAAUUGAAGAAAAAUCUAUAGAUUAUGGAGAAAUUGAGCAAGAAAGAGAUAACUUAAAGAUUUAUAAUGAAAAUUUACAGAAAAAUAUAGAAAGUCUUGAAAAAGAAGCGAGAGAUAUCUCUGAAAAAUCCAGAGUAGCCCAAAAGUCACUCGAAGCCAAAAUCCAAGAUUUAAAUGUUGCUAAUGAGCAUCUUCAAGAAACCUUAGAUGAUGAAGCUAAAACUCAAUUAGUGUUAAGACAACAAUUAUCAGACUUAAAACGAAUAUUAGCAUCUCAAGAUCCUCAGGUUAGUUAGUUAAUUACUUAUUAUUGAAAACCUCUCGGUAGCACCCGCAGGGUGUGCUUCUCCACCUUGAUUUGCUGUUGGGCCGCCUGCCACCACCUCUAGGGGAAAACUCCUCAUCGCUGAGAUGCGCGUCGAACAGCUAGUGAAGUGGACUGGAUCACAGUACCGUAUGUCAGACUUGGGUUGCCCUCAAAAAAUGAAUUUUCUGGUCAAACUAUCGGCCAAGAUGGAAUUCUCGCCCAGAAUCAACGCCUGAUAUCGCUCUAGGGAGUUGCUCGAUUGGUCACGUAGACUCUGCUGAGCUUUCCCUUUCAACGCUGAGUCCAUCUCCACCAAGAGGUAAAACCUUGAUUCGGAAGUGAGCUGCGGCCGGUCCAAUCCGACAUUGCGUUCCACUCAAGCCAUACAAAGCCUGGCUGGAUAUACACACUAACUUCCACAAGAUCCCUGGGUCUCCACAGCUACAAGGUGUUAAGAGGGUGGAUUCGUUCACCACGCCAUUUUAAUGUAUAUCAAGAUUCUCAGGCAACUGGAAAAUCUUUUGAAGAAACAAAAAAUAAAGACGAAAUGAAUAUAAAACUUACUGAUAACGAAUUAUCGGAGUACCGUGAUAUUAUCGAUGAAAUAUCCGAAGAAAUCCCAGAAGUCCUUCGUCGAAUUCCUAUAGCUCAAGCAGUCCACGAGCUAGCUUCAUAUUACAAAAUUGAUGGCACCUUUUCACCCAAAGAUCUUAUGAAAGAGAUCGAAAAUACAUUGCCAGCUGACUUAAAAGAUAUGGGCUGCUUAGAAGCUGUUCGUCUCUUGUCUUCUCGCUAUAAAGAGCAUCAGUCUUCAGUCGACUUUGAAGAUGUUUUAGAGCGGGAAAUUAAAAAGCGUCCAGAAAUGGCUCACCCAGUCAGACUCGCUGAUGUAGGUUCUCAUGAUAUAGACGUUAUAGACUUAUCUCGAGGGCCUUCACUUAUAGAAUCUCCAUCACGAUCAAAUACUGAGAGAUCUCAAUCUGAAAUUGGUUCCAUGUUUUAUUCAGUCGAAGAAGCCACCACACAUUACGCGAAUUUAAAUAAGAAACUACGUGAUGAAUUAGAUGACAUAGAAAAUAUCAGAAAAAUGCAAGAUCAGCAGGUUUUGCUGCUUAAAGAGCAACUAAAGAUUGCACAAGGGCAGCCGAGAAGUCCUUCUAUGAAAGGCGAGGACAUUCCUGUAGAGCAGCUAAAAGUUAUGAUAUUAAAUAUGCUAGAAAUGAUUGGACCACAAAGACCUGAGGCUGAAACAGUAAUAGGGGUUAUUUGCAGCAUGAUGAAUUUAAAGAGAGACGAAGUUAUGCUGCUUAAUGAGAAAAGAAAAUGCUUAAAAUCUCCAGAAAAGAAAUCAAGACUUAAAAGCAUGUUCCAUAAAAAGAAGAGCACAACAUAA